UCUCUCUGCCUUUCCUUCCUUCUCCGUUUCCUCGUUCAAAUUUCACACCGGAAAGCUAGGGCUCCGUUUGGUUUCGUCGUCGCUACUAUGGAAGUGGACAAUGCUGGAGCUUCCGACGCCGCCGAUGCCAACAAGAAGAAGGAUUGUUUCAGAGCCGAGAUUGAUACAUCGGCACCCUUCGAAUCGGUGAAGGAGGCCGUCACCCGAUUCGGCGGUGUUGGUUACUGGAAACCCACUCACUCUACUCUCUCCCUUGUUCAGCGUGCAUCAGAAGAGGCUGAUGCUGGGAAGCUAGAGGAGCAGACAGAUGUUUUACAUAAAGAACUGAUUUUGAAAGAGAGGGAAACUCUUGAUGUGUUAAAAGAAUUAGAAAGCACGAAGAGGCGUGUGGAAGAUUUGAGAUUGAAGUUGCAGAAGGAAGAAUCUGAAGUUAAGCAUUUGGCCCUUGAGACGAGUGUUUGUGAUAAAGCCAUAGACAGCAAGGAGAAAGAUGAUAAGGAAAACCAAGGGAGCCCCUUCCCUACGUCUAGCCCAGGUUCGAUAUUGAUGGAACUAAAGCAAGCUAAGUUAAAUUUAGCAAGAACUACAACUGAUCUUGCUGAUGUUCGAGCUUCUGUUGACUCACUCAAUAAGAAGUUGGAGAAGGAAAGAAUCUCGCUUGAAAAAACCCGUGAGAGGUUAACUCAUAAUUCGUCCAAGAUAUCUUCUCUUGAGGAUGAAUUAAACCAGAUGAAAGUAAGACUACAACUGACAAAGGAUGCUGAAGAUCCUUUUGAUGUUGCCAGUGAACUCCAGCGGUUGAGUUCUGAGGCAGAUAAUUUCAAGAAAAUGGGAGAAGCUGCAAAAGCAGAAGUCUUGAGAACGGUGUCUGAGAUUGAACAGACAAAAUCUAUGAUAAGGACGGCUGAAACCAGGUUGGUUGCAGCCCGAAAGAUGAAAGAAGCUGCCCGAGCUGCAGAAGCAAUGGCCCUAGCUGAAAUUAAUGCUUUAUCAAAUUAUGGGAUGUCAAAUGGAGAUUCUAUGCAAAAGCAGGAUGGAGUAACUCUGUCAUUUGAAGAAUAUCAUGAUCUCACGACGAAAGCUCAAGAAGCUGAGGAAAAAUCACAGAAGAGAGUCGUGGAUGCGAUGCUUCAAGUUGAUGAAGCAAAUAUGUUAAAAAUGAAUAUCCUUAAAAAGGUAGAGGAGGCUGCAGAGGAAGUUAAAACCAGCAAGAAAGCACUGGAAGAAGCUCUGGAAAGGGUGGAGGCUGCAAAUAGAGGGAAGCUGGCUGUUGAAGAGGCAUUAAGGAAGUGGAGAGCAGACAGUAACAAAAGGCGGUCCUCAAUACAGAACUCCACCAAGUUCAAAAAUGCGUACCCAUCUUACCGGAGAGAAUCUCGGUUACUUGAUGUGAAUGGAUUGAAUCUUGUGAAUGAUGAAAUCAAACCAGUUCUAAAGCCAACCCUAUCAAUAGGACAAAUUCUGAGCAGGAAGCUGCUUGUGCCUGAGGACUAUGAAGCUGGCGUGGUUGAGGGAAGAAGCUCAGUGAAACGAAAGGUGUCUCUGGGUCAGAUGCUUGGGAAACAAGAUGAUGAUCCAGAUAGUGGGGGAAAAGUUGACAAGGAAGAGAGUGUGCAGAAGCAAUCUGCUGCAAAGAGGAAGAAAUUUGGAUUUGCCAGAUUCUCUCUUCUUUUGGCAAAACAGCAGAAGAAAAAGAAGAAGAAGCCAACUAUGAAUUUAAGGUGAUUGGAUCAUGUGCAUAUCGAUGUUUCAGCUUCAUCUAGAACUAACAAGUAACACGAGUGAGACUAAUUUCUUCUCUCAGUUGUGUCCAGUACACAUCUCUUCCACACCUAUUCUGAUUACUUCACUUGAA